AUGCACACUCACGGCAUCAUGGCCAGUACUCAGGAGCGCCUGAGCUUGUCUUCCUCUCCAACCUCGAUCGGCAAAGCUUUCUGUGAAGAUAAAGACUUUAGUAGGUUACAUGAUGAACAUGCACCCGCUGGAAACCACCCGUCCCCCGAGCUCAUAGAGGAUGUGCGUGAGAAGGGCUUGCUGCAGGCAGACCUCAUCGAAAACAUGAGCAGCCCGGUCACUGCAGCAGUGCUGACCAGCAUCAGCGAGGACUCUAGGGACCAAUUUGAGAACAGCGUGCUGCAGCUGCGAGAGCAGGAUGAGUCUGAAACAGCCAUUCCUCAGGGCAACAGGAACACUAUGGAUGGAGAGAGCAACAGUGGAGCGGACGAUGUUAAAGUCCAGUUCAACAGAUCAGGCAGUGGGAGCGGUGGGUUUCUUGAGGGACUUUUCGGUUGUCUGAGGCCCGUGUGGAACAUCAUAGGCAAGGCAUACUCCACAGACUAUAAACUGCAACAGCAAGAUACCUGGGAGGUCCCGUUCGAGGAGAUCUCGGAACUGCAGUGGCUGGGCAGCGGUGCGCAGGGAGCCGUCUUCCUGGGAAAAUUCCGGGCGGAGGAGGUGGCCAUCAAGAAAGUGAGAGAUCAGAACGAAACGGAUAUCAAGCACUUGCGGAAACUCAAACAUCCUAACAUCAUUGCGUUCAAGGGAGUUUGCACUCAAGCCCCAUGCUACUGUAUUAUCAUGGAGUACUGUGCACAUGGACAGCUCUACGAAGUCCUGCGAGCAGGGCGGAAAGUCACCCCUCGGCUGCUUGUGGAUUGGUCCACGGGGAUUGCAAGUGGGAUGAAUUAUCUGCACCUUCACAAAAUCAUCCAUCGAGACCUCAAGUCACCAAAUGUUUUAGUUACACACACAGAUGCAGUAAAAAUUUCAGAUUUUGGUACAUCUAAAGAACUCAGUGAUAAAAGUACCAAAAUGUCUUUUGCGGGAACUGUGGCUUGGAUGGCCCCAGAGGUGAUACGCAAUGAGCCCGUCUCUGAAAAGGUGGAUAUCUGGUCCUUUGGGGUAGUUUUGUGGGAGCUGCUUACGGGAGAGAUUCCCUACAAGGACGUGGACUCUUCGGCCAUCAUUUGGGGAGUGGGCAGUAACAGCUUGCACCUUCCCGUCCCUUCCACCUGCCCAGAUGGCUUCAAAAUCCUCAUGAAGCAGACCUGGCAGAGCAAGCCCCGGAAUCGUCCCUCCUUCCGGCAGACACUGAUGCACCUGGAUAUCGCAUCUGCUGACGUGCUGGCUACUCCUCAGGAAACCUAUUUCAAAUCACAGGCUGAAUGGAGAGAAGAAGUGAAGAAACAUUUUGAGAAAAUUAAAAGUGAAGGAACUUGUAUCCACCGGCUAGAUGAAGAAUUGAUUCGCCGUCGAAGAGAAGAGCUGAGACAUGCAUUGGAUAUCCGCGAACACUAUGAGAGGAAGCUGGAGCGAGCCAAUAACUUAUACAUGGAGCUCAGCGCUAUUAUGCUGCAGCUGGAGGUCCGUGAGAAGGAGCUCAUAAAGAGGGAACAAGCAGUGGAAAAGAAAUACCCUGGGACUUACAAACGCCACCCAGUCAGACCAAUAAUCCACCCCAAUACAGUGGAGAAGCUGAUGAAGAGAAAAGGGGUCUCCCAUAAACCAGGCAGCCAGACUAAACGGCCAGAUCUACUGAAGUCAGAGGGCAUACCCAGCACAGAAGCAGCAUCCAAUGGUUCACCAGUCUCAGGAAGUCCCAAAAUGUCAACACUGAGUGGCAAAAGCCGCUACCGCAGUAAACCACGUCACCGCCGAGGGAACAGCAAAGGCAGCUACAAUGAUUUUGCAGGGAUCUUGAAAAACCAGCCAGUGCAAGAUGAUGCACCCCCACCUCCACCUCAUAAUCAUUCUCAUCAUCCCGGCCUACCGCAGCAACCUGGCCACAGCCAUCCCCAUGGCCAUCACUCACGGCUUCAUGCCCACGGACAAGAUAUUGCGAACUGCGCAAACAACUUAAGGUACUUUGGCCCUGCAGCAGCGCUGCGGAGCCCUCUCAGUAACCACGCGCAAAGGCGGAUGUCUGGUUCCAGCCCCGAUCUCAUCUCCGCUGCCAUGGAAGCAGAUUGCCGAAGGAAUCUGGAGAGCAAAGAAAGCAAAGCUGAUCAUUGGGAGUGUUGCAAAACAGAUCCAUAUAAUUCCUGUCUUCAGUGCAGGGAAGAGGACAGUGGUCAGGUACAGAUGUCAUCUGUUGAAACGGGGAUGAGCCAUUCUCAGUCACCAACGUCUGUUUCCCUAUACGAAAAUGCGCAGUUCAUUGAGAAGAUGGAGGAAGAGAGCUUCAGCAACUGUAAUUCGGCGUCCGCCCUAGGCACUCCCCAGCACAUGGCUUCCUCAGUGCUACCUUGCAAAGCAAGACCCCUUCAAAAGAGCGGUGAUGACUCUUCAGAAGAGGAAGAGGGCGAAGUAGACAGUGAAGUGGAGUUUCCUCGUAGACAAAGACCUCACCGCUGCAUUAGUAGCUGCCAGUCCUACUCAACCUUCAGCUCGGAGAACUUCUCUGUGUCCGAUGGAGAGGAGGGGAACACAAGCGAUCAUUCGAACAGCCCGGAUGAGCUGGCCACCAAGCUGGAAGAUGAGUUGGCUGAGAAGUUGGAGGACAUGUUGUCCCAGACUCCAGAGAUCCCCAUUGAAAUCUCCACCCAGUCUGAUGGGCUUUCAGACAAAGAGUGUGCUGUGAGGAGAGUCAAGACUCAGAUGUCUCUGGGCAAACUUUGUGCAGAUGAACACAGCUGUGAGAACCCAGCACAGUUUGGAGAAUCAGACUGUGACUCUUCUGAAGGGGAGUGUUCUGAUGCCACGGUCAGGACCAAUAAGCCCUGCAGCUCUGCUACUUGGUAA